AACCGCGAACAAACAACACACGGGCAGACAAGCGCGCGCACUCCUCAUAUGGCAGCUGUACCAGCAAGAGAAUAAAAGACAGCUCUAGAAACACCCAUUCUCGACUGCGAUCCCAAAUUGCCCUCCACUGCCCAAGAUGGCUGGGCUUUUUGGAAGCUCGAGCAGUACAACGCAACAAAAUAACACUCUAGGAGACCUCUCGAAGGAUGUGGCGCUGAACAACCCACCCGAAGAUAGCAUCUCUGACAUUGCAUUCUCGACACAAUCCCAACAUCUUGCCGUGGCUUCAUGGGACAAGAAGGUCCGGAUCUAUGAAAUCUCACCUACUGGAGGCAGCGAGGGAAAGGCAUUUUUUGACCAUGAAGCUCCUGUAUUGAGCUGCCACUGGUCAAAGGACGGCACCAAGGUGGUUGGUGGAGGAGCAGACAAGGCGGCGCGUAUGAUCGAUCUGGGCUCGGGCCAGAAUGUAGGAACGCAAGUCGCGGCCCAUGACCAACCCAUUCGCGCUGUGCGAUUCUUCGAAAACCCCCAGGGUGGCCAGGAGAUGUUGGUGACGGGCUCUUGGGACAAGACCAUCAAGUACUGGGACCUGCGCCAAUCUCAGCCUGUCGCAACUGUGCAGUGUCAAGAGCGCGUUUAUACUCUGGAUGUUCAAGGGAAGCUUUUGGUCGUUGGCACAGCGGAUCGAUACAUCAAUGUGAUUAGCCUCAACGUGCCGGACAAGUUCUACAAAACCAUUCAGAGUCCGUUGAAGUGGCAGACGAGGGUUGUCAGCUGUUUCCCCGACGCGUCGGGUUUCGCAGUUGGGAGUAUCGAGGGAAGAUGUGCUAUACAAUACGUUGAAGACAAAGACUCAAGCUCGAACUUCUCCUUCAAAUGCCACCGAGACCCACCCCAGAACAACAUGACCAACGUUUACGCCGUCAAUGCGAUCUCCUUCCACCCCCAACACGGCACCUUCAGCACCGCUGGAUCCGACGGCACUUUCCAUUUCUGGGAUGGCGUGGCCAAGCACCGACUCAAGGGAUAUCCGUCAGUCGGCGGCACUAUCUCUGCCAGCGCUUUCAACCGGGACGGCACUAUCUUCGCCUACGCUGUCAGUUAUGACUGGAGCAAGGGAUACGCUGCCAACAACCCCCAGUAUCCGAAUAAGGUCAUGAUGCAUCCCGUCAAUGGUGAUGAGUGUAAGCCCAGACCAACUGUCAAGAAGCGGUAGAUAGGAAGAGUUUCGGAGUCAGGGAGGAGUAUCGAGGGCGCAGUACGAAGUACGAAGGUUAGACCGUCAGAGGGAUGCAAGCAGCACAUGCAUGGUAUCUUAGCCUCGCUACGAUUUGCAAAAUGGCGGGGAAUCAGGGAUAUGCAAGUACAGG